AUGUCAGAGGGAACAACUGAUGGUCACAUACUCUCUGGUUUCUUCUUCUUCAUUUACGGCGUGUGGUGGAGCAUAAACUCUAUCCUGGUCUAUCUAAGCGGGAAGCAUAAGCUACCUAUAAAACAAGAAGGUAUCUACAAAAAAGAGAACCUUAGAUACAAGUCAUACAUACCCCUACCUGUAUUAACAAAGAUACCAGUGGAGCCAAUACUUAAAGUGGUCCUCCCUUUUCUUGGUGUCCUUUCUGAGGCUUUCCUUGUUGUCAAAGAUGAUGAACAUAAUCGCCACAUUAUAUUCUCACCUUUCUCUAUGUAUAACUCAACAAGCCCGGAUCAUGAGCUGAUAAAGAAUAUAGCAAAGGUUCAUCACAUCACACUCUACUCUGCAUUUACGCUCGCUGGCAUCGUCGACCUCCUCUCGAUGAAGAUUGAGUUCCCGAAACAUGCAGCACAGAUUUUUCUUAUUUUUCCUUUCUUUACGGAAUUCCUCAUCUUCUACUUUCACACCAAAGAUGGCAUGAGGGGAAGUGUUGAACUGAUUCUCCACUGGUUUCUCUCAAAUAUAAGUCUUGGAAGUGCCAUAUUUGCUGGCCUCAGGUCGUUGAAUGCCAGCAAUUUCCUAAUCAACACCGGAUUUUCUGUAAGCCUCUUGCUACAGGGGACAUGGCUGUUUGAGACUGGCAUAGUGGUCCAUGGUGCUAUACACUGGACGGACACAAUGAAUAAUGUGAUGUUCCUGGUCUCAUGUUUUGUGUGGCAUACGAUAUCAAUUGUCCUUGGGUAUUUGUUGCUCUUUUGCCUAAUGGAUUGUUGUCUAAGUCGACACUUAAGAAAGAAAAGCAAGUCGUACAAGCUGUUGAAUGAAGCAGAAGAAACUGAGAUGAUAAACAUUAGUAAUUGA